AACCCAAUAAACAUUUUACCAUUUUUACGCGAUAUAUGCCCAGCCUAGUGCUAAUGGUCCGAAUAGAAUGAACACAGGAUAAUUCAUAGUCGUUUCUAAAUACCACUACCACCCCACCAUACUCACUCAACAAGCUAACGAUGUCUUCUGCAAGUCUGGAUAUGAGUUUUGCUGGGAGUUUUUGCAGGAAAUGGAGUUUCAGGCCUUGUAGAAGACCAAAAUCUUGCAUUUCUCAAGUGGGGUUUCGAAAAAAUCAAUCUUUUUUAGUAUUACUGCAAAGGAAUGACAUAAUGCCCCGGAAAAUCAAGAACUGUACAAGCUCUGUAGGAUAUAAUGGAGUUCCUUCAACAGAAAUUUCUUGUGCUCCAAGUGCUGCAGCCAGUCAAAAUGAGCUGCCUCCACUUGUUAGUGCUUUAAAAGCUUCAGCUGAAGAAAAUGCUGCAAGUUUUCAUUUUCCUGGCCAUAACAGAGGGAAAGCAGCACCAUCAUCGUUGACUCAGCUCAUUGGUUCAAAACCGUUUCUACAUGAUUUGCCUGAGCUUCCAGAGCUUGACAAUCUCUUUUCUCCAGAAGGUCCCAUUUUAGAAGCACAAAAACAAGCGGCAAGACUUUUUGGAGCAUCAGAAACAUGGUUCCUUGUUGGUGGUAGUACAUGUGGAAUUCAGGCCGCCAUUAUGGCGACUUGUUCACCUGGAGAUACUCUUAUUCUACCACGGAAUUCUCAUAUCUCAGCCAUAUCUUCCAUGGUAUUGUCUGGUGCACUCCCAAAGUACAUCGUCCCUGAAUAUGAUUUCAACUGGGAUGUCGCUGGUGGCAUCACUCCAUCACAGGUGUACCAGGCAAUCAAAGAGCUAGAAAUGGAGGGCCGAAAAGCAGCUGCCGUUUUGGUUGUUUCCCCUACCUAUCACGGUAUAUGCAGCAACUUAGAUGAGAUCUGUGAGAUCUGUCAUUCUCAAAGUAUCCCCGUAAUUGUUGAUGAGGCUCAUGGCGCUCACUUAGGAUUUCAUCGGAAGCUGCCUAGCUCGUCCUUGAGCCAGGGAGCUGAUCUUUCCGUACAGUCUACUCACAAAGUUUUGUGUGCGCUUACGCAAUCAUCAAUGUUGCACAUGCAAGGAAAUCUUGUGGAUAGAGAAAGAAUCAGCAGAAGCCUACAAAUGCUUCAAAGUAGUAGCCCAAGUUAUCUGCUUUUAGCAUCUCUGGAUGCUGCCAGGGCCCAACUAACUGAAAAUGGAGAGGCAAUAUUUGACAAAGCGAUGAACUUGGCAAUGGAAGCAAGAAGCUUGAUUAGUAAAAUUCCUGGAAUCUCAGUCCUCGAGUUUCCAAGUUUUUCUAGUUCUUUUUGCAUUGACCCAUUGCGAUUAACCGUUGGUGUAUGGCAGUUAGGUCUUUCAGGUUUUGAAGCAGAUGAUAUAUUGUGCAAAGAUUUUGGUGUUGUUUGUGAACUUGUAGGCACCAAAUCUUUUACUUUGGCGUUGAACUUGGGGACUCAAAGGGAUCAUGUUCUUAGGCUUGCAGCUGGUCUAAAGCAUCUAGCGAAAACUUAUCACUUUCAUCAACCUCUGGAAGAUGAAGGCAAAAAUGUAAAUCAUUUUGCAUGCUUUGAUGAUGUUAGAAUGAGCAUGAGCCCUAGAGAGGCCUUCUUUGCUGAAAAACGUAAAGCCAGCAUAAGAGAUAGCCUCGGUGAAAUUUGUGGAGAGCUUGUAUGUCCUUAUCCACCUGGUAUUCCAGUGCUAAUUCCUGGUGAGAUCAUCACAGAAAGAGCGUUGAAUUAUCUCGUGGAGAUCAGAAUCAAGGGUGCUGUUAUUACUGGAGCAGCUGAUUGCUCCCUAUCAUCUUUUGUUGUAUGUGUUACCUAAGCAAUUCCUUCAGCAAGAAGCCUGGCAAACAAAGGACAAAAGGAAGGACUUCGGUGUUAGAACAGCCUGCAUUUGUCAUUUGAGAUCUUAGCCUUUCCUCUACUGCAGCGUCUUUCCUGUACUGCAACCAGCACUUUUGGGUAUAGUUUGGAGGUCAAAGCAACUUCAUUAAGAGCUUUCCAUGGGAAUUGACCUGAAUUGGUAACUCAAGGGCAGCUCAAUGAAACUUGUUUUUCAGACAGUCCUACUCUAGAGUUAUCUUUCAUAAAGACAACUACAGUCUCUUAUGCUUGACAGAGUCGUCCAUAAUGCUGGUCACAACAAUGAUUGCUGGGUUCCCACAUUCUUCUUUUCCUCAUUCUAUAUUUAUAUAUCAGCAGCAAGAGCUAGGACUAUAUUGGGGAGGGGCAACACGAUGCUCCUCAUCAAACUUGUCAAAUGCCAUACAGGAGGCUGGAGCAAGAGAAGUACUGACAAGUUAUUUUUAUCAUGAGAUAGCAUUUCCAUUGACACCCUAGCUCAUCUAAAACCAAACAUGCUCUUUGGUGCAUUCUCUUCUCUCUUUUUUCUCGGGUCUUUUAGCUUUUUGGCUUAUAUGUGUGUGUUAAUUAAUCUUGUUAGGAGUGAAUGAUGGAUUGUUUUGAAGAAGUGGAGGUGGAACAGUGAGAAUAUGUAACAUGGCAUCUCUCUUUUCUUAUCUGCUCUUGUACGCUGUACAAUUGCAACAGUAUGAUAACUUUGAAAAUGGUGUAGUUAUUGGACUCUUGUUGUGGCAAAAAUGGUACUUGAAGAUCAAAAUUUACAUUUA